AUGAACGUCCGGCGAACGUGAGAGGAAGUAGACUGCUGACCUGAUGUUCCAACGAGUCUGAGACAAAUAUCGGCAAGUAGGCUACGGAGAUAGACGUUAUCAAAGCCGCUCUGGCAACCGUGGGCGGCUCUACUGCUGUUAUUUUGUUGCAAUAUUCCAGUGAUGCAAUCGCAGGGGAGCACUUCCUCCCAGCCCUCCGUUGAUUCGCUGAGCUCCAGUGACAGCUACCUGUUCAGCCACUCUGAGCAGGCGGAGGAUGACACCGACGUCUUCCUGUCCGAACGCUCGCCCUCCGUCAUCCUCAGCACUGGGGGCAUGGUCAGGAGCGACGGGAGUGCCGGGGCAGACAGUCCCGAGUCCCAGUGGGCGUGUGACGGCUUCACCGACCGUGAGGAGGAUGAGUCACGGGGGUCAGAGGUUACUGGAGGUCACCCCAGGGUCACAGCUGAGAGAGAGAGAACAAGCGAGACGGAGAGAGAGAAGACAGAGGGAGACCUGCUCUUUGCCCAGAAGUGUGCUGAGCUGCAGGGGUUUGUCAGGCCCUUACUGGAGCUGCUGAAUGGACUGAAGGGGGGACGAUUUGACCGUGGUCUGAGUAGUUUCCAGCAGAGCGCAGCCAUGGACCGCAUCCAGAGGAUCGUAGGGAUCUUACGGAGACCCAACAUCGGGGAGAAGUAUAUGAACACUCUUCUCCAGGUGGAGACGAUGCUGAAGAUGUGGUUUCCACAGGUGUCCCCCUUGGCCCCACCUACUGCCCCUACCCUCUCCCCCCCUCACCUCUCACUCCGGGACACCCCAUGCAGCACCCCCCCACACAAGCACAGAGACCAGUCACACAUCCCUGUCAAGAAGCGCAGACUGAGUUGGUCAGACACAGACUCUGACACCCCUCCUCCUGUACUCUGUAAGAGGCUUAACGCCGGUGGAGGAGAGGAGAGGGGGAAGGAGGGGGGAGACGUCCCCUCGGCAGCUUCAGGGGUACCCCCACACCCCCUGGACCCCACCAGCGACCAGGAGAAUGAGAGAAAGGAAGAUGAGGAGAGCGGAGAGGGAGAGUCAUCGAGCAACAAAGCGGGUCUCUGUUCUGAGCCCGGUCCCACCUCGGUCCUCAUAGCACCCAUCCUUUCCCCCUGGAAACCAAGGAAGGGGAAACAGCUGCUGCCUGUCAUACCACCUCCCACCACCAGGGGCAGUCCAGCCAUGCAGGACAGCGUAAUCUCUUCCACCACACCUUUCAACAACCUCCAAAGCCAGCAGCAGCCAAUCGGGUGCCAAAGCCAGCCUGUUGCCGGGAAGACUGGGAAAAAUACCUUAAAGACCUGUCAGGGGCGGGGCCAGGCUCAUUCAAUCACGACAAAGCCUUUGAAAAGGGUGGAGCGUAAGAGCAGGGUUAACCCCGCCCCUUUAUAGACCUGAUGCACUGAGCAUGCUCCGACCAGCAGACUAGUGUGACUACGUCAACAUGCUAAAGCUGCAGUGAUAGGGAGAGUCAGGGUGGUGGAAAUGGGCUGCAGUCCAAACACUUUAUUUUUUGAACCCCUCAGCCCUUGCACUAGCCAUUUUCCCUUGGGGGAAUCCCCUUCGAAACUGGAUGCAGUUUGAUUUACAUCUUAAGUGGAGGUCCAAUUCACUAACAUUGCCCCCUCGGCACUCGAUUUAGCUCGAGGGAGCGAGUGAAGAACUUGUGGGGUUGAUAUGACCCACAAUUCAAUGCAAACUGUAGUCAAGUGUCAUACUCCAGUGGCCGCGAAGUGUCACAUUUAAUCAACACGGCUGCAUUUUCGGCCUGUCAGACAGAAUUAUGAUGCUAGCUUGCUAAAAAAUAGUAGUGAGGAGCCUAUAAAAAUAUAUAAUAAUAUAAUAUGCCAUUUAGCAGACGCUUUUAUCCAAAGCGACUUACAGUCAUGUGUGC